AUGGAUCCGUUGGACCAAAGUCAUAUUGCAUUGAGAGGAGAUGUGGACUCGAUGAAAAAUCAGCUAGACCAACUUGUGGAAGCUAUGAUAGUUUUAGAAAAGAAGGAAGACAACAUUCAGCAGACUGCAGUUGUUGAGAAUGUUAUGCUAGCUACAGUAAAUGGUCUUACCCAACCUCAGCUUGUGCAAACCCCAAUUGAUAACUCUACUGUACAAGAACGUCAUGUUGUUCAAGAUUCCUCACGUCAUGAUGUUAUUGAGUAUCAUAGUUUUGCAUUCUCCGUGCCAGAUUCCCAUGGAACAGGCCUAGUGGACAGUUUGACUGGGGCAUCAUUAAGUUGGUACAUGAAGUUAGAAAGGAAUCAUGUUCAAUCACCGUUGGACCUAGCUUACGCAUUCUUGAAGCAAUACAAAUAUAAUAUGGACAUAACUCCCGACCGCAUGCAGCUAAGAGCCUUAUCUCAGGAAGACAAUGAAUCCUUCAGAGGGUAUGCCCAAAGAUGGAGAGAGUUAGCGACUUGCAUUGAGCCACCACUCUUAGACAAAGAAUUGAUGGAAUUAUUCAGGGACACCCUGCAAAGUCCAUACUUCGAAAGGAUGAUUAGCAGCGCAGCAUCAGACUUCGCUCACUUAGUGACAAUUGGAGAAUGCGUCGAGAGUGCCCUAAAAAGUGGAAGAAUCCAAGGUGCCUCGAGCAACCAAGCUAGCAAGACAGAAUCCCUCAACGAUUCCCAAAAGGAAGAGGAUAAUGAAAUAAAUGCAGUCAUGGAAGAUGUUGGGUAUUCUCACGAUGCACCAGCCAGACUUUAUGGUUCUUCACCUUCUCAGCGAUCACCAUUUCCAACACCAUGUUAUCCUUAUAGGCAACCAACAAGGCUUAGAGCAUUAUUCAAGCAACCAUGGAUUAUUCCUCAUACAAAUCAAAGAUCUCGUGGUCAAGGAUAUCAGAAUCAGUAUUAA